AAGGAAAGAUGGUGAACAGAGUCUAGUGUAGUGCAUGCAUGAUUUCAGUCGUGACUUAAAAUACGUAAACAACAAUGGCGUUUUCCGUGAACAUCUCGGUAGAAGCACCGAUUGAAAAUCAAAUUCAAGAAAUCACUUAUGAUGGACAAGAAAUUUAUCAGGCUCCUCUCACGUUAUCCGAAAAUUUGGCCAAAAUUGCCCAAAAGAUAGAUUUUAGUAAAACUAAUGGAGAAGAUAUUAAAAAAGAACAAUCUGAAAAUGGUGAUAAAAGUGAAGAGGAUGCAAAGGAUCCGGCAUCUUUUCAAUCUUCCUUGUGGCCAUGGGAUAGCGUUAGAAGCAAAUUAAGAAACGCAUUAACAGAGGUAUGCGUAUUAGCUGAUGUUCUUGCAAUAGCGAAAGAAAAACAUUAUUUAGUUUUGGAUCCAGUGCCUCAAGAACCGAUCGAAGUUAAACCAAUGGUCCAAGUAUACGCUAGAAAGAAAGCAUUAGCGGGAGCUGCUUCUGUUCUUAUGAUGGGAACAGAAAGAUUACGAAAUAGUCAAAAUGAAUUAGCUAGGAAUCGUAAUACGCUAGAUUUUCACAUUGAAUUGUUAAGAUUACGGCAAAAUUGGCGUUUGAAAAAAGUAUCCAAUUCUAUAAUUGGCGAUCUUAGUUAUAGAACAGCUGGCUCUAAGUAUACGCAGACUGGCAUGUUUGAAGUAACAAAAGCGGAAGAGGAAGAAAAACCAAAUGGUAGUCCUCCUGCUUCACCUAAUUCUAGUAGUAAUACUACUGGCCAAUCUCAUGGACCAUCCAACUCGAAAGCAUCUGCAUUACGUGUUACUAUACCUAGCGAAUUACAAGGAGUAGCUUAUAUCGAAGUAUUAUGUCAAAAAGAUCAAGAGGAUUUAUGUAGUGCUAAUAUUAGUCUACUUAAUAGCAGCGCGCAUAGUUCCAACACGGAUAUGCAUUGGCAACAAAAAUUAGAAGCUGCGCAAAAUGUUCUAUUUUGCAAAGAAUUAUUUAGUCAAUUGGCAAGAGAGGCAGUACAUUUACGUGCACCAAUUCCACAUAUGGUUGUUGGAAAUCAAAUAAUGGCAACGGUGCUGCCGGGAAUUCAAUUGAUCAUAGGUUUGUGUCAUAGUACUGGAAAUGACAAAAAACCAACUGCGCCUCCACCUCAUAAGACUGAUCAUGAUCAUGUACUAGAACAUUCCUUGCAUCAAUUAUUACGUGAAGUACAUCAUAAAAAUACUCAUCAUCCAUUUCCUCAUCCUUCGUCGGGUCCACUGGGACCUAGUAAACGACGAUGUUUAGCUGGUCCAACAGCAGCAGAUAGAUACGAACUUUUAGAAAUGGCUAAGAGCCAAACUCUAUUAGAACAGAUCAUUCAACAAGCUCAACAUUUUUUUAUGAGAUUACGUACCGAAUACGUUCUCGAUACUAUAGCAAAAGAAGUCAAAGAUCCUUUAAUUGUAUCUCAUUGGAUGGCAUUAAAUUCUCCUACGCAGUCAUGCGUCAAAAUUAAUAUACUAACACACGGAUACGACAGUUUAUAUCGAACUUCUUUAAUCGUUCACGUAGGAGAAAAAUCACUUAAAUGCGUCUGUAGAGACGGCAGAGUAAUGCACAUGAGUUAUGAACCUCAGGAAUUGAGAGAUUUAAUUUUUUGUCAGAUAUAUCAACAUCAAAUAACGGCAGUACAAUCUUUGGCAAAAUGUAUGGGCUGGCAACUUUUAGGAAAUAGUUCGCAUCUUGGUUUAGGUGCGGUUGAACCUUUAGGAAAUGCAAGCAGUUGCAUUUUAGCUUCACCGAUCGGUGACAGAAUGAUUGCUGUAAGAUGCGAACCUCAAACAGGAAUACAAGUGGCCAUAGCGCAUUCUCCUAGAAAAGAUUUCUUUCCGGGUCAAUUGGUGCGAGAAAGGAAAUGGGAAAAUUUAGGUGGUUCAUUCAAAGAAGUUAGAUGGGAUAAAAUGGAAGGAAAAAAUUUUUUGAAUAAGAUGGAAUUACUCAUGGCUUCCUUAACAAGCAGUUCAUAAAGGCGUUAUAUAUAAAAGGGCUCGUUUGUAGUUCUACAUUUCACAGGGUGCAAAACAUACAGAUCAUAUUAUUUUAGGCAAUUGUACAAAGUAUCAUACUUAACAGAUUUGGACGCAAUAUAUUGCUAUUUUAGAAAGAAAAAAAAAAAAAAAAA